UUUUUUCGUGCAGGUCCAAUAGCAUACCUGCCUUUGGCUAAAAAUCUUUCUUCCCUUGUUUGGUGUACGUCAGCUGAGGAAGCGGAGCGAUUGAUUGCAUUGACGAAGGAUGAAUUUGUCGAUGAACUCAACUACUGCAUGUUUACUGAGAAAGACCAGAUCGACUGCGUCAAAAAAACACUGUUUGCUUUUUCUAAAAUUCCAUUCGUUGCAAAAAAACCCCGCUCCAACACCCUAGCCUCCCCACGCCUUCGCUGUGCUUUAAUUGGAGAUGCAGCUCAUCGCACUCAUCCUUUAGGUGGUCAGGGUGUGAAUCUUGGCUGGAAUGAUGUUGCUGUACUGAAUCGCAUACUAGCUCGGGCUGCAUUAGAUGGAGCCGAUCCCGGUGCAUUGACGUAUCUGAGAGAUUACGAUACGUAA